GUUGCCGCAGCGGAGCAACUUAACAUAAGAGCAACUUUUUAAAAAAAAUUGGUCCAGUAUUGAGCGAGCGCGCUGCAGCCGGCAGCAAGAAUCUGCAGUGUAACCACUCGAGACAUGUUUUGCCACUGACAGCAUUAUGGAACGAAUCCCUACAGAGACAGACCUUUCUGUUAAAGAGUAAAAUGCUUUUUGUUUAAUCAGAAACAGCCCUGAAAUUGCCAUCGACAAACCCACCAGACUCCAUUUAUAUAAACACUAAUUUAAGUGUGUAUAAAGGCAGAAUAUUGUCACAUCUAAAUGGGUGAAUUAAGGGUUUAUUACAACCAAACCAGAGCAGGUGAGUGUUGGGACAGUGAACAGAAGAUUUUUGCGAGGUUUAUUUUGUUUCUGUCGACUUUGUUUUUAAAACAAGGUGUUUUUAUGAUAUACAGAGAAUUAAUAAACACAGAACCAGUGGGGACACAAAGAUAACCCCACCUGUCCAUCAACCCAGGAACAAACGAAAUGAGAUGUAACAUCCUUAACUCAAUGUCCAUAUGUUGGAGGUGAGAAGUCCUUCCACUUACAUAGGAUGAGCCUUCUGGUCUGAAUGAAUUGAUGAAUUAAUCAUUAUUGUCAUUACACAAAAUAAAAUAGUAAAAGGAUAAGAUAGCAGCAGCAGUGAAAGACACGUGCAUGUUUAACCCUGUGUAUUAUGGUGGAGCAAUGAAGGGCACACCUUGGAUAGAAGCUGUUUUUCAGUCUAUUGGUUUUUGAUUUGAUCGUCCUGAACCUUCUGCCAGAUGGUUACAGUUCAAACAUGGAGUUGCCGGUGUGUGUAAUGUCUGUGAGGAUACUGUGGGCUUUCUUUUUGAGCUUGUUAGUGUAAAUAAUGUCCAGUCCAGGGAGUUCGACCUAAUGAUGCGCUGUGCCGCCUUCAAAGAAGAGACAAUGUCCGCCUGGGCUCUGUUUCUGGCGACUUUGAAUUAAGUGUGCUUUACAAUGAUGAAAUACUCUUUAUUUAAAUGGAGUCUGGUGGGUUUGCUGAUAACAAAUUCAGGGCUGUUUCUGGUUAAACAAAAAGGACUUACUCUUAAACAAAAGGUUUUUUACUGUAGGGAUCCUUUCCAUAAUGUUGUCAGACACUUAAAAUAAGGAUUUGAGCAUGUCAGUGGCAAAAACAAGCACUUUAAGUGGACGUAAAUUGACAGUGCGAACACGCAGGUGGUUACAUUGCAGCCUGUUCAUCUCACUCAGUGCUGGGUCAGUUUCAAAAGUUGUUCCCAUUAGUUACUACGACACAACAGCAAAAAAAGGAUCCAGGUUAAGAAAUGUUGAGCUUACCCUGCAACAGUGAGUCUAUGGAGAAAGCUCAGGUUUUCUACAUAUGUUCUUGUUUCCUGAUCUAAUUUGUUUUGUGGCACUGGAGGGGUCAAAGAAGCGAAAAGCCUUGAUGCUACAAACCAACAGUUGCUCCCUGUGUUUCAGCCUCCUAACUGGACAGAAAAUGUAAAGCCAAGGUGUUAAUUUGCAGUGAGGGGGCUCAGGGAUCAGGGGUCAUGUAGAAGAAUUUACCAAAGCCUUGUUUGUUAGCCUGCUGCACCACAGACAGUAACUGCUGGGCACACUCAGAGGGAAAUUAAAAAGUCGGCGGCAGAUAACUGAAGUCAAAACCGGCUGUGACAGCGUGGCACUCUGCUUGAAGAUGCAUUUCUUCUCUGCUGCCUCCUUCCUGCUGGUUCUGGCGCUGAGUUUUCCCAUUGAAGGAGGCAAAUGUCCCAAAGUGUGCAGCUGUGACAGCAACAAACUCACAGUCGCCUGCGUUGGCAAGAACUUAACGGAGAUUCCCCCGACAAUAGAUGAGAUCACAGUAAAACUUGACUUGAGGAACAACAACCUGCAGGUGCUGUCCAGGGGGGCGUUCAUCCUCACGCCCUACCUCACACACCUCAACCUGCAGCGCUGCAACAUUAUCAAGGUGAAGGAAGGUGCUUUCAGGACCCUGGGUCGCCUGGUCUCCCUAAAUAUGGCCUACAACAAAAUUGACAUCCUUUACCAGGAGUCCUUCGACGGCCUCUCCUCCUUGAAGGAGCUGCACCUGGACCAUAACCGUGUGGAGGAGAUCCAGCCUGGAGCCUUCACACAGCUGGGUUUCCUCAACAUGCUGGCCUUCACACACAACCAGCUGGUUUACAUCCCCAACAUGGCCUUCCAGGGCCUGAACAGUAUCAAGUGGCUGCGUCUCAGCCAUAACUCCCUCAACAACUUGGCCCCUGAAGCCUUCACUGGACUCUUCACCCUCAGCCGCCUCAGCCUGGACCACAACGAGCUGCAGUUCUUUCCCACUCAGACCAUGACCAGACUCCCUGAGGUCACGCGCCUGGACAUGAGCCACAACCCCAUGACCUACCUCGGGGAAGAAUCCGUCUCCAUGGCGAAGCUUACGCACCUCUACCUCGACCACAUGUCCCUUCAGGACCUGUCGGAUCAGGCUUUGUCCCGCGCCCCCCUCCUCUCACACUUGGACCUCAGCCACAAUCAGCUCCGUUACCUGGAGCCCCUCUCAGGCCCCAAAGAGCUGACCAGCCUCAACCUGACCGGCAACCCAGUGUACUGUAACUGCUACAUGCGGCCCCUGAGGGAGUGGGCGACUGUCGGUGGUGUGAAGCUGCUGGGAGCCUGCGCUGGACCACCUCACCUCUCAGAUGAGCCGCUGCAGGCUGUGGUUCCUCUGGACCUGCGCUGCCGCAGCAGGGGGGAGGCGCUGUAUGACGAGAUCGAGAAGGAGGAUGAGAGCGCAGGAAGCGCCCCACCAACAGCCAAGCCCAAACAGAAAGUCAAGUGUCCAGUUAACUGCGACUGUGAUAUUGAAGCCCAGCACGCCACAUGUGAGGCUCAGGGUCACACCAAAAUCCCACGAGGCUUCCCCACCAAGACGCAGCUGCUCGACCUCCGCAGUAACCACUUCCACUACCUCCCUACCAACAGCUUCCCAGGCACCAGCCAAGUUGUUUCUCUUCACCUGGAGUUCUGCAAAAUCCACGAAAUCGAAGGCGGUGCCUUUCGGGGAAUGAAAAACCUGUUUUACUUAUAUCUCUCUGACAAUGACCUCACAUCCUUGGACCCUGGAGCUUUUACUGGAGCCACCGAGCUCACGUAUCUUCACCUGGAAGGGAACCGACUGGUGCAGUUCCCUGGAUCAGCUCUGGCAGUCUUACCAAAUCUGUUUGUGUUACACCUGGAGCGAAAUGCCAUCUCCAAGCUCGAGCCCACUGGUCUGCUGUCCUCAGUAAUGCCUAAACUCAGGGAACUUUACCUGACCAAUAACACCAUAACGGCUGUUGCCAAGGGUGCUCUGGAUUCUGCUUUCCUGGGUACACUUCACCUGGAUUCCAAUCAGCUGACAGAGAUGCCGACCCAAGCUCUGUCUGAGGCCUCUAACCUGGAGGAGCUCAGCCUGUCUCAGAAUACAAUUCGCUGGGUGGGACCAAACGUGUUCAAGCCAAUAUCCCAAAGUCUGAAGAGGCUUUACAUGGAUCACAUGGGCGUGGAGAAGAUGUCCAGGGACGCUCUGGCGGGGUUGGGUCCAGGGCUGAGGGCUCUGACUCUGAGAGGAAACCAGCUGGAGGAGCUUCCUGACCUGAGCCCACUCACCAGUCUGGAGGUGAUCGACCUGCAGGACAACCCCCUGCUGUGUGACUGUGCUCUGCUGCCGCUACGCAGGUGGAUGGAGAAUGUAACUUUGGAGGUGAUCGCCACAUGUGGUCACCCUCUUGAGCUCAGAGGUCAGAGGGUCAGGGACAUCCAGGUCUUCACGUCCUGCCCAGAAAGCAGCUCUCCUCCAGGUGAGAAGGUUGCCGUGGCCCCUGGCCCUCCAAAAGCGAAGAAAGCAAAAUCACCCAGCCUCUCCAAGGCCCCUGGAGUCAAAGCAAGGCCUGCAAAGCUCAAAACUAAACCACUGAAACCAACCAGGAAUAAACCUCAGAGGAAACCUGCAGCACCAAAAGUGACAAAGAAGAAGAAGACACUGUAACUGUUUUUAUUUUAUUUUAUUAAAUGCUCUGUGUGGAAUUUAAUAAAAGAAAGAAGCA